UGAUUUUUCUGUUGGUUUCGGCUUCGGGGCCAUGUUGUAUCCCUAGGAACGAAACCGAUGUUGACUGUAUUGAUAAUAUUCUAAGAUCCACUGCCAGCUUGAUUUCAGUUGACAUUGUUCCUUCGAUAAAAACCGCGCCAUUUUCAAUUUCAAACUUCUGAGCCAUUAUGAAGUAAAGGAAAAGAGAUUGUAGACAAGAAAUAUUAAUUGUUUGUUGGUUUUAAUAAUUCACUCAUGAGUGCUGCUGCACGGCAAAUCAACACAUUCAGAAAACCUUUCAAUCAUCUAAUGACCCCAAACAAAGUCAAUGAAAUCAAUCCAGAUGUAGCUAGAUUUUGUAGACUUGGUUCAGAUUAUGAUUCAUUGAAUAAUGGGAAGAUGAUUUUCAUUGGUGAAUCAGGAGUUGGUAAAUCAUCGUUAAUUAAAAGGUUUCAUAGAAACAAAUUUAAUUCUGAGAGUCAGGAAACUUGUGGAGUGGACUUUGUAACUCUAACAUUUAAUAUUUUUGGAGUGCCAUUCUGCCUUGAAAUCUGGGACACUGCCGGACAAGAAAGAUUUAAGUGGAUUACUACUUCUUAUUACCGGGGAACAAAUGUGAUUGUUGUUGUUUUUGAUUUAUCGGAACUAAGCACUUUACAUGAGUGUAAAAAAUGGUUGGAUGAAGCCAGUUAUCAAAAUAAUCACAAUUUUGUGUUUUUAGUUGGCAACAAAUUAGAUAAGAUGUCUGAUCAGACUUUUUUGGGAAUGAAAGAGACCAUUUCAGAAACAUGUAAAGAUUUAAAUGCUGAGUUUUGGGCUGUCUCUUCUAAGACUGGUAAACAAGUGUCAAAUUUGUUUUUGAGAAUGGCUUACUUAACAUUUGAAAAAAUUGUAUUGGGUAAAUUGGAUUGUGCUAAUGACAAAUCUGAAUUGUUUUCCUCUGGCUCUAGGAUCAAUUCCAGUGGGAUUUCAAAAUUUCUUUCAAUCAUGUUUUAUUCCAGUGAUUGUGUUUCUAAAAAUUUGGGACUUUCAUAUAGUGAUGCUUCGACCAACCUUAAGAAAUACUCGGCAUAAAAAUGAACGACAAAGUAACUGUGCUUGUUGACUGAUUGAUGCAGGUAUUGGUGUAAUGAAGGUCAUUAAAUAAAGGUAUUUUGAAACUCAUGCUUUU